AUGCCUUCCUCAACCCCCACCACCGUCUUCAUAACCCGCUCCCUCGGCAGCCGCAUUGCCACCCUCAUCGCCAACAAGCUCAACACCCCGCACCCCGCCUCCGCCACCUCCCGCGCCAACGGCGGCCACCCGCGCAAGAUCCGCAUCGUCAUCCACUCCUCCCCCUUCCUGCGCUGCAUCCAGACCAGCGUCUCAAUCGCCUCCGGCAUCGCGCAGCACCACCACCAGGAGGUCACAAACACCCACUAUGUCCACGCCGACGACGGCGAGCUCACCGUCGACCCCGCUCCGCACGACCGCUCAGAACACCAAUUCGUAAAGCCGCUGCUGCGCCUCGACGCCUGGCUCGGAGAGUGGCUGGCGGAGGACUACUACACGGACAUCACGCCGCCGCCGCCCACACCGCUGCUCGUCGGCUCUGCAAAGGCGGACUACAUCCGCCCCUCCUCUGCUUCUUCCUCGCCCUCAUCACACAUCCACCACCACCACCACACAUCAUCGCUCUACAACAUGUCGUCGCUCGCCGCGGCGCUGCCCACAACGUUUACGGGCGGCUUCGUCGCCCCGACGCCCACCUGGGCCACCUCGCCCAACGGCCCGAUCCCGCGCGGCUACUUCUCGCACGCAAAGGAGUACGCAGACUUCGACAUCGGCUGGGACUCGACCAAGCUCGGCGGCGGCGGCGAGUACAAGGAGGAGUGGACGGCCAUGCACAAGCGCUUCAAGAACGGGUGGAACCGCCUGCUGUGGUACUAUGCCACCGAGGACCAGCACGUGGCCACGGCGCCGACGCAGUGGAAGCGCUGCGCUGCCGGCGAGGUCGUGUCGAAGCCGGCCACACCGACCCCGACACCCGUGAAGGAGCAGCAGGCUACACCUACGCCUACGCCGGUCAACGGAAACCCGACACCGCCGCUCUCAGACUGCGGCGACGACAGCGAUGACAGCGAGAACGACAUCGAGACGGUGCUCAUCCUCGUCACGCACGGCGCCGGCUGCAACGCCCUCAUCGGCGCAAUCACACACCAGCCCGUCCUAAUCGACAUCGGCAUCGCCUCCGUCACCAUGGCCCCACUCCGCCCCCCCCCAACAACAACAACAAACACCGACCUCCCCGCCCACCCCCCCGCAAAAUACUCCCUUCAGAUCGUCGCAAACAACGAACACAUCCGCACGGGCGCCACACCCACCUCCACGCCCCCCGUCUCCCCACACCUGCGCUCCACCACCACGAAGCGCACCGCCGCCACCACAAUCGGCGGAUUCACACUCACGGCCUCCGGCGCCGGAAAAGGCAUGGCCAUGUUCGGGCACGGCAAGCGGAGCGCCAGCACCGCUAGCUCCGGGCCUGCGCCGAAGGGGCUGUGGAGUCGCCCCGUGGACGGCGGCGACAGCCGGCCGACGAGCAAGGAUGAGAGCGUGAGCAGCGGGAGUGGCAUCUUUGGGAGUAGCAGCAUGCUGUUUGGCAGCGCGAUUGAUGGCGGCAGUAGUAGUGAGGAUGAUGAUGAGGGCAGUAGCAGCAUUGCGGAGGAGCCGGCGGCGGGGGCGGCGGGGCUGUGGGGGAGUACGGGGCUUGUGAGGGGCAGUGGGCUGUGGGGUGGUGAUUCGGGCGCUGCCGCUGCUGGGUGGGAGAGGAAGAGGAGGUGGACGGCGUCGACGAGGAGUGAGUUUCAGAAUUAG